UCCAAUUAGAAUCAUAAAUCUCAUCGUCUUCUCUCCUAGGGUUUUCUUCGACGAAUCGAAGGCGUCAUUCGCAAACUCCACAAUCUCUCCUCCGUUUCCGUCUCCGACAUCAAUGGCGUCGAAGAACACCGGCAUCAAUUAUCAGCAGCAAAGACCCCGUCCGAGAAAUGGGCCUCCUCCGCCGCGGCGAGGAGGGAGAAACUAUGCUCCUGCGGCGGAGCGCCAGUAUCAACCGCGGGAGCAGCAGCCUCAGCCGCAUACGCAUCCGCAGAACUUGCCGGAGAAGAGGAAGCCGGUGUUCGUCAAGGUGGAUCAGCUGAAACCGGGCACGACCGGUCACACCUUGGCCGUUAAGGUGGUGGAUCAGAAGACCGUCCUUCAUAAGGGCGGAUCCUCCGCCGCUCCUCAGCUCCGACAGGGGCGAAUCUCCGAGUGUCUUGUCGGAGACGAGACUGGUACUAUCCUCUUCACCGCUCGCAACGAUCAAGUGGAUGUGAUGAAGCCAGGAACGACUGUAAACCUCAGGAACGCAAAGAUAGACAUGUUCAAGGGAUCGAUGAGGUUAGCGGUGGACAAAUGGGGGCGGAUCGAGGUGACUGAACCAGCAGAAUUCACGGUGAAGGAGGACAACAACCUGUCCCUUGUGGAGUACGAGCUCGUCAAUGUGGUCGAGGAGUGAAUCAGAUCGUCCAUGUUCUUAUUCGGUAGGGUGAUUUUGUGGACGCCGCCGACGAUUUUUCCGGUCUGCCACGGUGUGGCCCAGAAGGUAUUUUAUGUACUGCAACUGCAAGGUUCAAUUCCAAGUUAUUUGCAUGGUGAUGGGUGGUUUGAUCAUUUGGGUCACUGGUAAAAUUUCAAUGUCGGUGAUGUUAUUUUGGACGCACACUGUAAUUUACUCUUUUUUGCCAUUGCGGUGUCUGCCCUUUUUUUACCGGUGAUGGAAAACACAGAUUCUAGUUUAAAACCGAAGCAUUGUUCAGCGUGGCCGUACAAGAAAGAACAAAAACAUGUCUGUCUGUCUGUGUGUGUGUAAGAGAGGGGCACAUCGACAUCCUGCCAUGAGAUAUUUCCCUUCUAUUACGUACGGAAAUAUGUUGUAUUGCAAAAUCCGGUAUUUUCAUAUCAUGAUUUGUGUUUAACUUAA